UAAAGUAGUAACAAACGAGAUACUUGGCACCACUUGACAAAAUAGACCUUAUCAACUUGUUGGGCAAUUUAGCAUGGCUUCUAAUAUCCUCCAACUCCACCAUGUCCACCCUCUCCCUUCAAUUCAUCUUCCCUCAAAUCCAAUUUCUAUAAUUCCAACAUCACAACCACUCACAAAUCAUAUCCAUGUAAAGCAGUUCACAAUCAAAUGCACUUCCAAUCCCACACCUGAGUCUUCAGACCCCAAUUUCCUCAGUCCCACUCCAACUUCAGAAACAACAAUCAGCCCAGAAAAAUUCCCAAUAGAGAAACGAAGAAAGUCAGAGAUAAUUCGCGAUAGAAAAUCAAGAACAGGGCUUGUGAAGCAGGAUCCACCAAACUUUGAGAUUGGAUGGAAGAGAACAAAGCCUAUUAAUUUGGAGAAGCCUGUAGGAUAUGUGAUAAUGGAUUUUUUAGAAAAAUUGGAGGAGUUGAUGGCUAGAGAUUUUGGGUCGACAGCAUUGUUGGCUAAAGUGGGAGAAAUAGUGGCAGAAAGAGCCAGAGAAGAAGCAGAAGUGUUAAGGGAAGAAGGGAAAGUUGAAGAUAGAAUGGUGACAGAAUUGUCCAGAGUCUUGAAGUUAAUGGAGAUGGAUUUGGCUAUGGUUAGUGCUGCAGUGAAAGAAGAGACACUGAAUGAGAGACUUGAACAAGCUAAGGCACGUUGUAGGCAAGCAAUUCUUGUUGCUAAUUCUUUUUGAAAGAUUUUGCUAAUGGGAAGCUCAAAUCUUCUUUAAUGUUAAGAGUAAUAAUAACUACCAGUAGUACAAGAAAUUGUUCUACCGAAAAUUCAUUAUAAAAGCAAUUUUCUGUAUUGGAUUCUCAGUUAACUGACCACUUCUUAUAGAAUUAUAGUGCAUUCAAGUGUUUAAUUUA